GUGAAGCAGAACCAAACAGAAAAUUGGAUCUUUUUAGCCUAAAAUCAUGAUCGCACGGAUACUCUACUUUUUUCUUUGGUCUGCGGCAUUUCUUCCCGAGCUGCAGUGCGCUUCUCAGAGAACCGCGGACGCACUUACUACUUUUCCCACGUCCGCGUUCCUCAACGCCACCGACAGAAAGGACUCCAACCAGACCUCCCCCUCUCGGAUCAAGAGGAAGACGCUCUCGGUGGAUUUCGCCGUCCCGUCGCUGUUACGUUACUACUUGGCUCUGUUUAUAAAGCGCCCGCUUAACGGAGACUGUCUGUCGUUUAAUGGAUGUUACACGGUGCGCGCGAACUUGCUCAUGCGCUGCGUUCCGUUGCAAAAAACCAUCGCCAGUUUGGUUGAUGUAAAGUUGGCCGGGAUGAACCUCAACAGAUCCAGCACUGGACAGCUCCCGUAUCGACUGAAGCGUCCCGUGCCGAAAGUUUUGAAUUUAGGUUUGACCAGCGCCAGUCGAAAGUCCAAUCAAGUUGUGGUGGAGGUGGGAGAAGAGAUGGUUAAAACGGGAUGUGGAGGACUGCAUGUGUACGAGGACGCGCCGGUUGUGUUCCUGGAAAUGGACCUAACGCGGAUUUUGGAGUGGUGGCUGGGGGCGGAGGGAGGCCGGCUCAGGGUCCGACUCAUGCCCGAGCGGAAAGUGCAGGUCCCGGGGAAAGAGGACAAGUACUCCGCUGCCAUCAGAGCUUCGGACGCCCGCCUCUUCAUUCACAUCGCUUCAAGUGAACGGCCCUUAUCCACAAACUCAGGGAAUCCGACCGCCGCCCCCAAAUACUGGAACUUUUCUUGGAUAGCAGAGGAAGAGUUAACUUUCCCUGAGGAUCCUGUAUCAACUUCAGAUUGCACUUCAAAGGGAAAGUCAUGUGACCGUGGGCCUGCUGGAUAUUAUCCUGAGUUCGCCUGGAGUUUAACAUCAGCGGAGGACUCCUGGGCCAAAGACCAGACAAUGGCAAAGACAAAAGCAAGUUCCCAGGGGUGGGAGGAAGGGCGGUUUCUCCCAGUGAAUGGCUCAGCUCUGACGGGACCGUGGGUUCUGAGCCCUUGGCUACGUGCCACCCACCGGCCCUGUGGUCUGGAUGUCACAGUGUUUUUGCACCCGAGGCAGAGUGGACGUUACACCGUCUGGCUCAUCGAGAGGGACAAGUCACCACUCGCUCUCCUCACCACCGAGCACCCUCAUGUCAUCGGCUGGGCAGUGGUACACCUCAGCUUGGGAGCUCGGACCAAACCCUUCAGGAUUUCUUCCAGCUACAACCAGCCCGGCGACAUGGAGACAGCGACCUAUGACCCCCGCUUCACCACCAACUGCACCAUAAGAACCUCUCAAAACGUCACUCUCCGGAGCCGCUAUCACUGCAGAGGGGGUCGCGAGAUCAGCGUGAGCCAGCUGUGUGACUUCAACCCUGACUGUCCACAAGGGGACGAUGAGGGAGAACAUUGCCGUCAGUUCCUCAACGGCAGCUAUUGCUCGUUCGGGAGAGAGGAUUGCAGCUGGCAGCUGGUUCCAGGAAGGGGUCCGCAAUGGAGGGCCCAUCCGUCCAUUCCCCAAGGCCUCAGAAGCAGCUGUCCAUCACCAGGGGCCUUGCUGGCCAUCGACAGUCAGCCCAAAGGUCAGCGAGGAUCAGCGCAGGUGCGAAGCCCGCUUUUCUUCUACCCCCUGCGGAACGCCCCGUGCAUGGUCAAGUUCUGGGUGUGUGGAUCUUCAAAUGGAGUGCUAUCUCUCUGGAUUAGAGAGAACAGCACAGGACCCGAGGGUCAACGGAGUCUCUGGAACUCAACAAGCGAAGCUAAUAUGGGGAAAGGGUGGAAACUCAUUACCCUACCACUCUUCGGUUUGGUGGAUCUGUUUUACCUGCAGUUCAGUGCUGAUAUUUCCUCUAGUGCAGGAAUUGCAUUUGCUGUGGACAACUUCACUCUGAGCAUGGAGUGCUUCCUUGAAACCAAUGGAGAAUUUCCUCCGGUGGCUCCCAUAAGCCCCACGCAAGCACUGUUCACACCAAGCAAGGAGAACAUCAAGACCACUACACCACCGUCUACAGAAUCUGUCAAGUGGAUAUUCCACACCUGUGGAGCGACAGGACAAGACGGUCCAACGCCGACUCAGUGCAGUAACUCUUACCGCAACACCAAUGUCAAUGUCAGUGUGGGCACUAAGGGACCGUUCAAGGGCAUCCAGAUGUGGCGGGUCCCAGAGACUAGGAAAUACAGGAUCACGGCGUAUGGAGCAGCUGGUGGACGCAGCGUCCUGGCUGUUCACAAGUCACAUGGGGUGUACAUGACCGGAGACUUCCUUCUACAGAAGGAUGAGCUGGUGUAUAUUCUAGUGGGACAGGAAGGAGAGGACGCUUGCCCUAAUAUGGUGCCGACUAUGGACCGGAUCUGCAGAGAACAGCAAGGACCCUCUAUCAACAAGACCCAGCUCAAAGGAGGGGGCGGCGGAGGAGGGGGGGGCACCUACGUCUUCAAGAUGGUGAAUGGAGUCCAUAUUCCGCUACUCAUUGCUGCCGGAGGUGGAGGCCGCGGCUACAGCAGCCAAUCAGAAACCCCAGAGGAAGUGAUGGACAGGAAUCCCAGCAUCCAUGGCCGCAAUGGAAAAUCAGGCACUGCAGGGGGUGGUGGAGGCUGGAAUGACAGUGCCCCUGUUCCUCAAGGUGGUAGACCACUCAUUUUAGGAGGUCAGGGUGGGGAACCCUGUCAAGUCAUAGGCUGGAAAACUCGAGGAGGUUUUGGAGGUGGUGGAGGAUCGUGCACGGCUGGUGGAGGAGGUGGAGGAUACAGAGGGGGCAGUGCCUGGCAUGAUAAUGAUCCCAGAAUGGAUGGCGAUGAUGGCACAUCGUUUAUAAGUCCUGACGGCGAGAUGUACCUGGAACCACUCAAAGGCAUGGAAGGCGACGGGGAAGUUAUUAUCAACCCAGUGCAGAACUGCAGUCACUGUGAGUCAGGAGAUUGCCAUGAGACCUCUGAGGGCAUGGUGUGUUACUGCGAUGAAGAGCUCACACUGGCCCCGGACGGAGUGUCCUGCAUCAACUCCACCGAGGUGUCUCUGUUUCCCGCCCAGCCGUCUUUGUCUCACCUGGCACUGGGUUUGUCUGUGGGGACGUCCGCGCUCAUCGCUGCUUUGCUGUUGGCUGUUUCAGGCGUUAUGAUCAUGUACAGACGUAAACACACCGAGCUCCAGUCCAUCCAGUUGGAGCUGCAGAGUCCCGACUGUAAGCUGAGCAAACUGAGAGCUUCCACCAUCAUGACCGACUACAAUCCCAACUACUGCUUUGGUGGGAAGACCGCCUCCGUCAAUGACCUGAAGGAGGUCCCACGGCGGAACAUCUCUCUCACCAGAGGACUGGGUCAUGGGGCAUUUGGAGAGGUCUAUGAAGGACUAGCCGUGGGGAUCCCAGGGGAGCCCAGCCCGAUGCAGGUCGCUGUAAAGACUCUUCCUGAGGUGUGCUCUGAGCAGGACGAACUGGACUUUUUAAUGGAAGCUUUAAUAAUCAGCAAGUUCAGUCACCAAAACAUUGUGCGGUGUAUCGGGGUGAGUCUCCAGGCUCUGCCUCGCUUCAUUCUGCUGGAACUGAUGGCUGGAGGGGAUCUCAAGAGCUUCCUGAGGGAAACUAGACCCAGACUAGAGCACCCUUCCAGUCUAACCAUGGUAGAUCUUCUCAACAUAGCCAGAGACAUCGCCCGCGGCUGCCAGUACUUAGAAGAGAACCAGUUCAUCCACAGGGAUAUUGCUGCCAGGAACUGUCUUCUGACCUGCAAAGGUUCGGGGAGGGUGGCUAAGAUUGGUGACUUUGGCAUGGCCAGAGACAUCUACAGAGCCAGCUAUUACAGGAAAGGAGGCCGUGCUAUGCUGCCAGUCAAAUGGAUGCCUCCUGAGGCUUUUAUGGAGGGAAUCUUUACCUCGAAAACAGAUACAUGGUCAUUUGGUGUUCUCCUGUGGGAGAUCUUCUCGCUGGGAUACAUGCCGUACCCGAGCCGCAGUAACCAAGAGGUGUUGGAGUUUGUUACUAAUGGAGGGAGAAUGGACCCGCCCAAGAACUGCCCUGGGCCAGUGUACCGGAUAAUGACACAGAGUUGGCAGCAUCAACCAGAAGACAGACCAAACUUCUCAACUAUUCUGGAGAGGAUUGACUAUUGUCUACAGGAUCCAGAUGUGGUGAAUGUGCCUUUGCCUGUCGAGUACGGCCCCAUCCCUGAGGAAGAGGAGAGGGUACCCAUGCGUCCCGAAGACCCUUCUGCACCCUCCUUGCUUGUAACCCCUCAAGGCACCGAGGAUGCUCCAUGUGUCGCCCAUUCCGAUCAGGCUAAGAGAGAUGGGGAGGUCAUUCUCAUGGCCAGCCAAUCUUCUGACAACAAACUACCGCCCGCUCCCCCAUCUCAGCCUCAUCCCCACCACCACCACCUCCAACCCCCUGUAGUCACUGCCCCCAUACCAGCCGCCAAACCCUCCUCUACAGCCCCCCUGAACACCCAGGAUGGAGGACAUGUGAAUUUGGGCUUCAUGCAGGCCCACCCAUUGGAGAAGGAGAGCCGUAACGGGAAGCCCACCAACCUGUGGAACCCUACCUAUGGCUCGUGGUUUCUACAGCAGCAGCAGAAGAGGCAGCAGGCCCAGGCACAAAGGCAGGUGAGUGGCCCACGGAUCCCAGGUGAAGGGCAGGAACAAGCAGGCCGGACUGUGACAGUAGCUGAAGCUUUGGGCCUGCAGCAACAGCACAAACAGCAGCAGUACCAGCAGCAGCUCCAGCGCCAACAACAGCAGCAACUGCAACAACAACAACAAGGCCUGUGUCGACCGCUUUUGCCCCCUCCUCCUCCACCUGCCUCGACCCCUUUACUCCUGGAUUCGGCCACCCUAGCGCCAGUUCCGCUCUACAGACUACGCCGCUUCCCAUGUGGGAACAUCGGGUAUGGCUACCAGGAACAGGGCCUGCCCAUGGAGCCUAUGCCGGGGCCCCAGCCUCCCCCGCCUCAUCCUGGCCAGCAGAGGCCCAUCUCUUUGGCUCGGGCCAGUGGACCCGAGGACAGCCGCCCGCUUUUGGUCACCAUGGGUACAGUGCAGGACUCCAGACUCCCGAAAAUGGAAGGACACAACGCCACUGUGCUGUAACCGUGCACGCUCUCUUUCAGUGCCCACUUUGCAAAACACUGUGCUGUCAAUCUACGUCCACCUCUGCCAAGCCCCUUUGUGCUUUCCCUUUGUGCUUUUCAGCAAUGAGUAUGUAACUAGGAAAGGUUCUGCACUGGAAACUCAGAGAAAACUUUCCCUAAGCAUCAGUUAUUGAAACAGAAUAUCGAUUGGAUAAAGAAACAAGACUGUUGAGUUUCUGAAAGCCACAUUUGAGAGGCGAAAAAAACUAAACUGAUUAAGCCCUCACAAGGACUAAUUCUGUGAAAAAGACUAUAUUAUAUCAGUGAUAUUUUUCCAUAAUGGGGGAGAAAAAAAUAAAACGGGUUUGUUGAUGUUUGCUUGCCUGCUUGUUUAUUUAUUCAUUUGUUAAUUUAUUAUUUGGUGGUCAUGUAAAUUAUUAAUGGGUGUGCUUCAGAAAGCAAACUGCCCCCAUUCAUUAUGUAUCAUUUUGUUCACUCUUGGACUUGGUUGGCUUUUAAAUGCAGGAGUUUUCAUCUAUCAUGAAACAUAACGAAUUACAGAAAUCUCUAAUGGCUAGUGUGUGUGAAACUGAUGAGCGUUGUUGGCUUUUUGCAAUGAGAAAACCUGUUGCUAUGGUGUUGGAAUAGAAACAUGUAGCAAUUGGUCAAGGACCAGUUAGUGAAGGAUCUUUCACAGGACUCAUGUCAGGGACUUCAACAUUACAAGUCAACAUAGUGGAAGCAAAUAUGUUAAUUUAUUUAAGCUUAGAAUAUGAAAGACCUGUCAGUUACUUGAGAAGAUGAGCUUAAACUAUCAUUCAUUUUCAGGUUUGGUGCUAGUCUGGAUCAUAAAAGCCAAAGGUAAUUAUUAAUUAUUUGGCAUAAUUGCCAAAAGGUUCACCGGAAAGUCUUAGCUGGUG